UUGUACCUCACAUAUAUUCUCAUCUAAAACAUCAUCCUAAAAACACAAACCAAAAAAUCAAAUUCUUCAAAAAUGGAUCCAGAAUCUAACAACCAACACGUAUUCCCGACCAACAACGAUGAAGUUAAGAAAAUUUUCAACCGUUUUGACACCAAUGGUGAUGGAAAGAUCUCCGAAGACGAGCUAGCAAACAUCCUAAAAUCCCUCAAUCCCAAUACCUCUCCAGAUGAAGUCAAACGAAUAAUGUCCGAAACAGAUACAAAUUCCGAUGGCUUCAUUACCCUUGACGAGUUUAUCAUAUUAUGCAAAGGAAUAGCCGGAGAAUCUGAAAGUGAAUCGAUCAAUGAUCUCAAGGAGGCAUUUAAGUUAUAUGACUUGGAUAAUAAUGGUGUGAUUUCCGCAAAUGAGUUGCAACAAAUAUUGAGCCAGUUAGGGGAAAAUUACACGCUUGAAAGUUGUGCAAAUAUGAUUAAAUCCGUAGAUUCUGAUGGUGAUGGCUUUGUUGAUUUUGAAGAGUUUAGGAAGAUGAUGUCCAAGAAUUCAGAUGGUUAACAACUUAAACUUGUUAUAAAAUCAUGUCUUUUAUUUAUGACACAUAGGGAUCAUUUCUUUUUGAUUUGAUACAAAUUUAUUUGUUGUAUAUGAAGUUAAUUAUAUUGGGGAUAAUAUAUAAUGUUUAGUACUCGUAUAUAAGUCAAUUUAUAUCUAUUAUCUAACCUACAACUUUUGUAUA